AGAGAAAGAGAAAGAAUUCCACUGCUCCUGCGCACCUACAAAAUCUGUCACUUCUUUCACUGUGUGUAUGGCGGAGAGGAAUUAACAGGGGGUGAAACCUGGAUGUUUCAUGUAUGCUCUGAAUAUGACGCGGCUCAGAGAGACGCAACUCUGGUGUGUCUAUGGUACAAUGUUAUCCUGCGUCGCCAAGGACUUCUAACUGGCAUUUUUAAAUCUGGAAUACGAACACAUCAUCAUGAAGAUGGUGAAAGUUAAGACCCUGAGAGUGAAUGUAUGGGCUUUGGUCCUGGUUAUGCAUCUGACAGAAUCAGCCAGCAUAGCCCCAGCGUUGGUGCCCAGCAGGGUGGCAGCAGAGACUUGUCCCCUGGGCCAGUUCCCCUGUGGGAACGUGACUGUGUGUCUGCCCCAGGCCCUGCAGUGCAACGGCCACCGAGACUGCCCCAACGGAGCCGACGAGGAAAACUGUGGGGAUAAUAGUGGAUGGGCUGACAUAUUUGUUCAGAAUGCCAAUCCUCAAAAUCCCCCUCUACCCGAUAAUUGCUCGUUGCAGCAGUAUCCAGAGAGCUGUAACUGUAUUAUGACCGAGGUGCAAUGUGUGGAGGUCAACUUGCAUGAGGUACCUCAGCUCUCGGUCACCGUUACCUGGCUGUCCCUGAAAAGCAACGAGAUUAGCAGUCUGUCUGACAACGUGUUUUCUAAAUACACCAAACUGAAGAUACU